UAGGAAUAUAGAAUAGAAACUAACUAACAUACAACAUCUACCACAAAUAGGAUUAGGAAGCUGACUAAUAAUGAAACACUACCACAACCAAUACUACCACAAGUAAUACUAUUAUUAUUGUCUAACAUCCCCCCUCAAGCUGAACUCAGGCUGAAGCAAGAGGAAGCUUGGACACUAGCUCGAAACUGGAAACUUUGAAAGGAGAGAAAUUUGACCUGCGCCGGUGGCUGCUGACGUCGUUGGAGAAGAGAGAAGUCUGACGUGCGCCGGUGGCUGCUGACGUCGUUGGAGAAGAGAGAAUUCUGACAUGCACUGUUAGCUGCUGACAUCGUUGAAGAAAAGAGAAAUUGACGUGCGCUGGUAGCUGCUGACGUCGAAGAAGAAGAGAGAAGAAUUUCGCACUUGGCUGUACGUAAAUGAUACACACACACACACACACUAUGAUUAAAACCAAGUGCCUCGUCUUCCAGCUCGUCCACGCCGAAGCCAUCCCUGAAGCACUGAAGCGCUUCGUGGCGGACCCCACGUUCGUGUUUGCGGGCGUUGAGGUUGCCGGUGACGUGGCGAAGCUGAGUGCGGAGUACGGGCUGGGGUGCGCCAAGGUGGCGGACCUCCGGGAGCUGGCGAGGGCGAAAUGGCCUGGGAAGUUUGACCGGGCGGCGGGGCUGAAGGGGCUGGCGAGGGAAAUAUGCGGACUCGAGGUGGCGAAGCCGGAGGAGGUUCGCCGGAGCGAUUGGGCGGCGGCGGAGCUGAGCGGUGCUCAGGUUGAGUAUGCUUGCAUUGAUGCCUAUGCUUCUUUUAGGGUUGGACAGGCUCUGAUUCCUGGAGCUUAAAUUAAUUAAAUUUGUUGGUUUGUGAACCAAAUCCAGUUUGGAUGAUGGAUUAUUUGCUACCUAAAUCAUCAAUUAAUGUCCCCUACCCGAAUAAAUAAAUGAUUGAAUAAAAGCUCAUGUUUCAU